UGAUUCCGUUAAUGGGAAAGUGAAAGAAACGGAGAGGAUGAAGACGAACCAGCCAAGCAACUCCACGUAGCAACAGCAGAGAAGAGGCGUGGAGUCCGGAGAUCAGGUUGCUUUAACGUGUGGCCAUCACGCUCCUCUCUCCAUACUCUCUCUCUCUCUCUCUCUCUCUCUCUCUUGCAGAUAUUUGAUUUUUUGAUGUCAAUUUCCCCGGAUUGUCGGAUCCAAUAAAGCUGGGAAAAUCAUUCGUCCGUGAAGCCUCAAUCCUCAGAAGCGUGAAGCCUCAAUCCUCAGAAGCUUCAUCGUCUUGAGUUCUAGAUGGAGGCCGUGCCAAAGUUUCACAUAUCUUUGCCGCUGGACCGGUGCCGGACCGGUCAGCCACCCCGGGUCCGGCCGGAAUUUCGCCGGAGUUUAGUGGCGUUUGAUUCGAUUUCGGUUAUGGUGGAACCGAAGCGCCGUAGAAGGCUGUGUACGAGGUCGUUCAGGUCCGACGGGGAAGGAGAGGUGGCCGAUAAAGAAGCGGAAAGUGCGGGAAAGAGUGGGGAUCUGAAGGAAAAUAAUCGGUUGGAGAGUGACGUUGUGGAGCUGGUGAAGUCUUCUUUCUUGCGUCCGGCAUCGGAGGAUAAGUUUCAGGAUGCGUUGGACAAGUUGGAGCAGAGGCUAUUUUCAAUUGCUAUGCAAAUUGGAAGAUACAUUGUGACAAUGAUGAGUACCGGAGUAAUACUCUUGAUCGGGUUUCAGUUGUCAGGUGGAGACAGUCAGAUGAAUGCUUUGAUAUGGUAUAGCUGGCUUGGAGGUAUAAUUAUUGGAACAAUGAUAGGAGCUAACAUGGUCUUAGAGGAUGUCAGUAGAGCUGGACCGCGCAAUGUGGUCAUAACUGGAAGUACUAGGGGACUGGGAAAAGCUCUUGCUCGUGAAUUUCUUCUUUCUGGGGAUCGAGUAGUUGUUGCUUCUCGAAGUCCUGAGUCUGUGGAUAUGACAAUCAGAGAGCUUGAGGAGAACCUGAAGGAGGUUAUGGUCACUGCAGGUGGCUCAUCUGCAACAAAUCUGGAACAUGCAAAAGUAAUAGGCAUCUCAUGUGAUGUUUGUGAACCGAAGGAUGUGCAGAAAUUGGCAAACUUUGCUGUCAGCGAACUUGGUUCUAUUGACAUUUGGAUUAACAAUGCAGGGACCAACAAAGGUUUUAGACCCUUGCUGCAAUUUAGUGAUGAAGAUAUUCAACAGAUUGUCUCUACAAACUUGGUUGGGUCUAUACUUUGCACUCGUGAGGCAAUGCAUGUCAUCAGAACCCAGGAUAAGGGGGGUCACAUAUUUAACAUGGAUGGUGCUGGUUCUGGAGGAUCUAGUACCCCUUUGACAGCUGUCUAUGGCUCAACGAAGUGUGGUCUCAGGCAGCUUCAAUCAUCACUCUUCAAAGAGUGUAAAAAGACAAAAGUGGGAGUGCAUACAGCCUCUCCAGGCAUGGUCCUGACUGAUUUGCUCUUGAGUGGGUCAACUAUUAAAAACAAACAAAUGUUCAAUAUCAUCUGUGAGCUCCCUGAAACAGUAGCUAGAACUUUAGUUCCUCGAAUGCGAGUUAUCAAGGGAAGUGGAAAGGCCAUCAAUUACCUGACCCCUCCAAGAAUCUUACUGGCUUUGGUCACUGCAUGGUUGCGUCGAGGUCGUUGGUUUGAUGACAAGGGAAGAGCAUUGUAUGCAGCAGAGGCAGACCGACUUCGUAACUGGGCUGAAAGCCGUACUCGGUUCUCAUUCACAGAUGCCAUGGAGAUGUACACCGAGAACACUUGGGUCUCUGUCUUCUCCCUCUCUGUUGUCUGUGCCUUCAUAAUUCUUUCUAGCACGGGCAACACGUUUCCCGGCACCUGAGCACGCCGUUUUCGUCCCGGGAUUAACACGACGAUGUAAAACUACUGUGUCAUACGUAGGAAGAAAGAUGACCGUGUAGCUCAAGUCGCAAAUAUGCUGAAGAGCUGAGCUGCUGCUGAUCAUACAAGCGGCGCAUGGCUUUAUCCCUCCGUCUUGUCACCACGUGCUUCAGCUAUUUUAGGUGCUGAUUUGUCCCCAAACCCCCUCAUAGAAACACAUUUAGGAUUCUAUGAGCAGCAUCAAGUGCAAUUUCUACAUUCAGCACGGCAUUCUUCAGCGGAUGCUUGUAUUUAGUACCAAUUGCCAUUUGUAAUAUAUAUAUAUGAUCCCGUUCACUUUA